GGCCCAAAGUAUACAAGGCAAGUAACUGGGCUCAGGCCUACGAGGCUGCGAGCCACCGCGAAGGAAAAGGAAGUAGCCGCAGCAUGGCGGCUGAGGGAUCAGAGCGUGGCUCCCCGGCGACGGCACCUCCGCCGCCGCCGCCGAAGCGGCGAAAGAUCGAACCUCCUAGGAGGACCAGGCCUUCUCAGGUUACAUUAGAUAAGGACAAGUCGGCAUCAUCUUCCAACCCAUCUGUUUCGGGUGUGCUGCCAGUGAGAGUUGAUCUCAACAAAGUUAGAGAGACAAAGAGACUUGUUAUCCUUCAAGCGCAGCAUGAGGGAUGCCUUGGAAGCUAUAAAAGUUUUGAUUCUGUCUUUGGGAAUUACCUUGUUCCUGUCAUCCCAAGCAACGACACAUUUGAUCAGAUUGGGAUGAAAUGAACAAGAAUGGCAACUUGUAAGGUUGUGAAUACUGAAUAGGGUGGUGCUGCUAAUUUUUGCAACUUCCUUGAGUGUGACCAGACACCACAUACUUAGGUGCUGACAGUUCAUCUAAAGAUAACAAGUUAUUGUCAGCCCAGACUUCAGUAAUACCCCGCUGCAGGUGCUGUUUGUCCAUAUUCCCAACUUGUAAGAUCUCGACAGCGGCAAAAAGUAAACCAUUUGCCUGCAGCAUGCAUACAGGUCUAGUGGUGAAAAAAGCUGUGUCGUGGCAAGCAUUUGUUAGUGUGUUACUUUUCCUUUUGCUAGUGGGGAUUUUAUCGGUCCUUGGUAUCACUCCACGGCCCCCCUGAGGAAUGUACAUAUGGAUCUUAAUCAUUUUAUUCUUGUACCCUUUCAUGCUUAUUUUAGUA